GUUGCUGUUGUCACUGUAUUGGGGAGUCACUUGAAUGAGCAUCUUGAUUUUUCUAUUUUAAAUCCAUCUCCUCUUUUCUCUAUUGGAUCAACAACUGGUGUUAUCAGAACAACAGGAUUAAGAUUUGAUCGAGAAGCACAGGAAAGCUACCAGUUGAUUGUUCAGGUAAAAAGUGAAGAAUCUAUUGAAAAUGAAGUAAGAGUUGCUCACGUUCCAGUAAAUGUUACUGUUUUGGAUAUAAAUGAUAACUGUCCUAUGUUUGUUAAUCUUCCAUACUAUGCUGUUGUUUCCAUUGAUGCAAUUAAAGGAGAUGUUAUUACUAAGGUCCAUGCUAUUGAUUUAGAUAAAGGUGAAAAUGGUGUAGUGCGUUAUGAGUUAGUUAGAGGUCAUGGUGAAUUGUUUAAAGUAUGCCGUAAAACUGGAGAAAUUACCUUAAAACAGGCCUUAGAAGGCCAUAAUCGAGAGUAUCAGUUGAUUAUUGGUGCUUACGAUGGAGGUAAUACACCAUGCUCUACUGAAGUCCCUGUAAGUGUAAAAGUAAUGGAUCGAUCGAUGCCUGUGUUUGAUCACCAAUUUUAUACAGUUACUACUCCAGAAAAUGUUGAACUUCAUACACCACUCUCUGUUAACAUUCAAGCUGAGUCACCUCUUGGUAGAAAAUUAAUAUAUGCCAUUGUUAGUGGUGAUACUUAUGAUAAAUUUUCAGUCGAUUUCAACACAGGUGGUCUUUAUGUAGUAGAUGAUUUGGAUUAUGAAACUCAGAGAGAAUAUGCUCUGACUGUCCGUGCUACAGACAGUGUUUCAGGAGUUUUUGCAGAUGUGCUUGUUAGUCUUUUAGUGACUGAUGUGAACGAUUGUCCUCCUGAAUUCAAAGUCGAUUCAUAUAAUAUUUCUAUUUCUGAAGCUUCUCCUUUCGGAUCUGUCAUCCUUAAAGUACAUGCUCAAGAUAAUGACACAGGCUUGAAUGGUAAAAUUCAGUACUCCAUUGAAAAAAUUGGUAACAGUGAUCCUGAUCAUUUCCAUAUCGAUUCGGAUGAUGGGUCUAUUUAUUUAAAACAAUCUUUAGAUCAUGAAACUCAAACAUUGCACCAUCUUAUUGUUAUAGCUACUGAUGAAGGAGUGCCAAGCCUUUCAAGUUCUGUUCAUGUGUGGAUUACUGUAUUAGAUAUGAAUGACAAUCCUCCAAAAUUGGAAAAAAAUGUGUAUAGUUGUUGGCUUUCUGAAGAAGCCACAAGAAACCAAUUUGUUACUAUUGUGACAGCCAGUGAUCCUGACUCAGUUGACCAUAGGCACUUAUCUUACAGUAUCGUUGGUGGUAAUCAUCAGCAAACAUUCUCUAUGGAUUCUUCCACAGGUAUAAUAACAUUAACAAACCUGCAUAAAUUGACUGAAACAAAAGCCCAUACACUGAAUGUUUCUGUCAGUGAUGGAAUAUAUACUAGUUUUGCCAGGGUAAGGGUUGAAAUGAUUUCUGCUAAUAAAUACAGUCCAGUAUUUGAAAAACACCAAUAUGAAGCUAAAAUAUCUGAAAAUCUGCCAUCUGGAACUAGAGUGUGCAAAGUUCAUGCAGUUGACAAAGAUAAUGGAAACUAUGGAAUCCCAAGUUACUAUAUAUCUUCCCAAGUUCUUCUUGAAAAAUUUAUGGUUGAUAAUUUUACAGGUGAAAUUUAUACUAAACAAAUACUAGAUAGAGAAGUUAAAAAACUGUAUGAAAUUCCUGUAGUAGCAAUUGAUGUCGGUGGAAAAUUGGGUUUUACAUCAGUUAGAGUCUGGGUUACAGACAUUAAUGACAGUGUUCCUAAAUUUUUACUUCCAGAGUACAAAGCUUCUAUUCCAAGCAAUCUUUCUGUUAAUUCAGGAUUUCUAAAGGUCAAGGCUACUGAUAAAGAUGAAGAUAUUUCAGCCCAAAUUGAAUAUUCAUUGUAUGACAAAGGUUCAAGAGGGGUUAGGGACUUAUUCCACAUUAACAAAAAUACUGGAGGCCUGUCAUUAUUGAAAUCAGCUAUUCCAUAUGAAACACAAGUGUUUCAAUUUUUUAUUAGAGCCACUGAUCGAGGAAUUCCAACACUUCAUGCUGAUGUUCCAAUUGACAUAUAUAUAAUGGCAAGUAAUGAUAUGCCCCCAAUUUUUGAAAGAAGAGAUGACAAGUUUUUUGUUGCAGAAAAUGCUGAUCCUGGAACAGUUAUUACAAGAGUAAAGUUAGUUUCUGAUAUGUCUGUGAAAUUCAAAUUGCUAUCAGGAAAUGACAUUUUUAGUAUUGAUGCUAAUGGAGAAAUCACACUUAUGGGUAAACUCGAUCGUGAGAAAUACCCAUCUUAUAUUCUUGGAGUUCUUGCAUACACUGAUUCAAGUCCUCCAUUAACUGCAUUUACCGAAAUAUCAUUGCAAAUUUUAGAUCAUAAUGAUAACAAGCCUCUUUUCCAAAAUGAAAAUUAUAUAGUUUCAGUAGCAGAGAAUAUUGAAGAAGGGAGCUCUAUAGUAAAAGUGCAUGCCUCUGAUGCUGAUGAAGGAACUAACGGAGAAGUUAGGUAUGGAAUCACUGGUCCAGGGACAGAAACUUUUGCGAUAGAUGCUCAUACUGGAUGGGUCACUACCCUUAUUGCUUUAGAUAAAGAAACUAUUCCCAAUUAUAAACUGAAUAUUAUUGCUACAGAUGGAGGAAUCCCUCCCAAAAGUAGCAACGUGUCGCUUUAUGUUAAUUUGGUUGAUUAUAAUGAUAACCCUCCUGUCUUUACUCGAGAAUCAUACACAGCAUCAGUUAAUGAGGAUGCUCUUCCUGGCACUGUAGUUGUUCAAAUAUUUGUAACUGACAAAGAUAGUGAAGCAAAUAAUGUAGAAUUCCACAUCAUAGCUGGUGAUCCACAUACACAAUUUGAUGUGAGGUUGACUGGAGAAGUUUAUGUUGCACGACCAUUAGAUAGAGAAACAAUGGACAAGUAUGAACUCACUGUCUUAGCAACUGAUGGAAAAUUUGUUGCAGUUGCUGCUCUUUACAUAGAUGUUCUAGAUGUUAACGAUCAAGAACCAUUUUGCCUGAGAUACCGUUACAAAGAAACCAUUUCAGAAGGCCUACCUCUGGGUUCUUUCAUCUUAACUGUAUUUGCUGUUGAUUUAGAUUUGGAAUCAAAAUUAAGAUUUUACCUCACUGGAGAUGGCUCAGAAAACUUUUCAAUAGAUCGUACAACAGGAGAACUAAAAACAUCUAGAUUACUUGAUCGUGAAAGAAAAGCUCAUUAUUCUUUAAUAGCACAUGUGCAAGAUAGAGAGCAUACCGAAUGGGAAUGCAUGUCAUUUAUUGAAAUAUUCUUGUCUGAUGUAAAUGAUAACCCACCAGUUUUUCCAGCUUUUAAUUUUACAGCAUCAAUUCAAGAAGAUGCUCCUAUCGGCACCAUAGUUACAAAAAUGCAUGCUACAGAUGAUGAUAUUGGAGUUAAUAGAAAAGUCCGUUAUUUCCUUAUCAACUCUGCUGAUAGAUAUUUCAAAAUGGAUGCAGAAAGUGGGAUUAUUACUUUAGCUAAGACAUUGGACCGAGAAACACAGGAAACCUAUAAUCUUACUGUCAAAGCUGUUGAUCAAGGUUUACCUCAAUUAUGGAGUCAUGCAACUAUAACCGUUCAAGUAUUAGAUGUUAAUGAUAAUCCACCAGAAUUUGUUUCUCGAACAUAUCACACUUCAAUUAUUGAAAGUGCAGCUAUUGGUUCAGAAGUUAUUCGAGUAACUGCUACUUCUUUAGAUUCUGGCUUGAAUGCUGAGAUUGAAUAUUCUAUUGUAGGAGGGAAUGAGCAUGGAAAGUUUGCAAUUGACAAAAAAUCUGGUGCCAUUACUAUAAUGAUUCCACUGGACUAUGAAAGAACACAUGAAUUUUUAUUAACAGUUCAAGGAACAGACCUAGGUGUUCCACCUCUAAGUAGUCAAGCAACAGUGAAUAUAACAGUGUUAGACAGCAAUGAUAAUGCCCCUUCAUUUAGCGAGAUAUCUUACUCAGCUGAAAUAAGUGAAGAUUGUAAUGUUGGUGAUGUUGUAACACAAGUUUUAGCAACAGAUUUAGAUACUGAUAUGAAUGGUAAAGUAGUAUAUACUAUUGAAAGAGGGGAUAAGCAUCAACAGUUUUCUAUUAAUAAAGAUAGUGGAUUAGUAACAGUUGCCAGGCCCCUUGAUCGAGAAAUGAUUGCUAGUUACACUCUACAGAUUCGUGCUGCUGAUAGAGGUAUUCCCGAAAUGUCAAGUUUCACUGCUUUAAACAUUGAAGUAAUUGAUGCAAAUGAUAACCCUCCAUUAUUUACUCAAUCAAAUUAUACUGUAAUUGUUCAGGAAGAUAAACGCCCCGGAUGGGCUGUAUGCCAAUUAUUAGUAACAGAUUCAGACAUACCUCCUAAUACAGGACCUUUUAUAUUCGAUCUUCAAUCUGGCCCGGGUCGUGCAUCAUUUCGAAUAGAGCCAGAUGGAACAUUGCGCACAGCAGCAUUACUUAACUAUAAAAUUCAAGACACAUAUUUACUUCAUGUUAGAGUUUUUGAUAAUGGUUCUCCACCUCUCUAUUCUGAUACAUGGGUUAUAGUUAAGGUCAUAGAAGAAUCACAAUUCCCUCCUUCUGUAACACCAUUGAACAUUUGGAUUGGAUCUUACCAAGAACGCUGGAAUGGUGGAGAAAUAGGCCGAAUUCACACAACAGAUCAAGAUCAAUAUGAUACUCUAAACUUUGCCAUAGCUUCAAGCCAUCCCAAAUCACACUCACUCUUUUCCAUUGAUCCUCAUAAUGGGGUUUUAACUGCCUCACCUGGCUUGGAUCCUGGAAGAUAUAGCUUGAACAUAUCUGUUAGCGAUGGAAAAUAUCUUUCCUAUGGUAGCAUAAAAAUUAUAGUGGAACCACUGUGGGAUGAAAUGUUACAAAAUGCCUAUAGUAUAAGAAUACCAGGAAUGACUCCUCAUACAUUUAUUUUAACUCAACGGAAAACUUUAUUGAAGGGUUUGAAAUCAAUGCUUAUGAGGGAAAUAUCUGUUCUUAGUGUUCAAGAAGUUAACACUGGAGAUAUAGAUGCACUAGUGCAUAUUAAAGAUGGUAUUGAAAUAGAAGAUCUCAAUGAAGCAUUGAAGUCAAUAAACUUACCUGCUCUUCAGCUAGACUGUAAAUGUUUAAAUGGUGCUAUUUGUAGACAACGUGUAAAUUUUGAUUCAGAAAGAAUUCUUAUGAUAUCUACUGAUUUUAAUUCCUUUGUGGCACCAUCACAUACUCAUGACACAUAUUGUGCUUGUAAUUUUGGCUAUACAGGGGAAAAGUGUGAGGAAUUAUUACCACCAACCCAAUGUGAGUGCCCACCAUCGCAAACAUGUAUUCCUCAACCUGGCCCUCCUGGUUUUGUAUGCGCACCACCUUCUCCAGCUUCUCCAUUAUGCUCAUUAAAUCACACUUGUCCUCCAAUAUAUAAUCCAACUUUCAGUGGGUUGUACAGCUUUACAUGGAUGCAGAUCAUGAUAGUAGCUUCUGUAGCAUCCUUAAUAUUUUUGCUGUGCUUCAUUUGUUUUCUUUGCAGGAGAUGUAAGGAAAGGCCUAUUGAUGAAGAAUUGGAUAAAAAUAUUCCUGUUUUAAAUUCUGAUAUGAAACGGUCUUCCAAGUUAAGCAAUUUAGAAGUCACACAAUGCACACCCCGUCCUGCAUCCUAUACAUCUGGUUCUAAUAAUGAGGUCUACACUGGUCCUUUGAAUAAUCUUGAUACUGUUAGAAGUUAUGGUUCAGCUGGAGAUGAAUUAGAAAAUGUACCACCUGAUUAUGUAAAGAAUCUUAAUAGAAACAGCUCUAGUCCUGGGCACAAAAUUAAUAAUGAUCUCAAGCGGUUGCCUGAAAUUGCUCCAAGAGGUGUAAGAAAAACCUUGAGCUGUGUUGAGGAAGAUGCACGUAUUUUAGGAGGUUAUCAUUGGGACUGCUCUGAUUGGGUAAGGCCAAAUCAAAAUCCACUUCCAAAUAUUACAGAAGUUCCUGGAAGUGAAGUCCCGGAUUCAUCCAGCUUUCACAGCAAUGAAAGCAAUGAUUCCAUUUCUCAUCACCAACAAGCUCAUGCAGCACUUAUUGACCCUGCUCGAGAUUUAGCAACUCUCGAUGAAGAGCUUUAUUUAACAUAUCAUAGUGAAGAUGACGACAUGAUGCCAUAUGGCUUCCCACCUCAAAGAUAUGCCAGUCACAGUGAUGUUUCUACAAAUGUGUGUGAUAUUGAAGAUCCAGAUGUGCCAACGUAGCAUAAACUUAAGUUAAUCUCAUCUAUAAUGUCUUAUAUAUUACUUUUUUAAAUUUACAAAUAAUCAUUUUUC